AUGCCGAAAGACAGAUCCGAGAAGCGCAGGGGCCCCCAGGUGACAGGCCAGCCUUAUAUCGACACAUCCAUUCUCCACGGCGGCAGAGCCUCGCCGGAGAGAGAACGGACGGACGAAAACAAGCACGGCGUCCCGCGCGACCUGGCAGGCAAGACCCCUGGCGGCAGGGAUCGCCACCACUGCCCCAAGGGCGGACAUUCGAGCGACCUUAUCUGCCUGAAGAAAGGCUGCAUGAUCAAGUGCGCCGGCUGUGGGAUUCGGAUUUCGCGAUACAGCGGCGCGAAGUGCCGCGCCUGCGCCGCGAGGGAGACGGGUAGGCUGAGGGAGGAGAAGGAGGCCCGGGAUGCCCAGCGCAAGAUGGACGCGAAGUUCGCCAAGAAGGGCAAGUCGCCGAAGAUCAAGUUCUUCCUCGCGCCCUAUUCCUCGGGUAUCCGCAAGCGAACCGGCCGCGUGGGCAUGCGUACGCUCGGCCGCUCCUCCCGGCGUUCGCGUUCGCAAGAUUACGAUCGUUUCUCAAGGCCGCAGCUGUCUGGCGAGGAGUCGGUUGACUAUGAAGAGAUGGUCGAGGAUGAAAACGAAUGGGAGGAUGUCCAGGACGACGUUGAUCGCCAGGAAGAAAACGAAACUACAGCGAAAGAGGCUCACCGCCUGCAGCUUUUGGAGGAGGAGGCAACUUUGCAGCGCAAGAUUCGCGAGUCCCUCCUCAACCUGCUUUCCUAG